UCCUAUCGUCACGCGUGUGCGCUUUACUGUUGUGACCCCGUGAUGUAAACUGUCAGUUAUUACUGAUCUGAGACCGAUAGAUCUGAGUAACUUAGGGGCAGCGGUUGGUUUAUAUAACGUUUGUAUAAUGAAGCAGCGGUUUCUGUACGCGGCUGUUCGUUUGGUGAAUCUGCAGGGAUGUUCAGGGCGCUUUAUCUUCCAGUCUUUACGGGCGGUUUCGGAUUCCUCUGCUGGAGCGAGCGGCGCUCUGAAACAGUGGAGUAUAGCAGUCAGUCCUUUCAUCAGGGUCAAGUGCCGUUUACACUGUGAUAUAGUAAUACAGCCGCUGGACCCGCACGCCUUUCCCGGAGCAGACCGAGCUUUAAUAUCUCUACAUGGACUUAAUGGACACGGUGCUGAUCAGGAUUUUAAAUUGGACAGCUUUCAGGUUCACUAUGAUCAACAGAGCAAUGAACUUACAAUUAACUCAGAUGAGACCAGCAGUAAUUUAUCUGUAGAACUGACAACUCCCAUUAAAAGCGAUCUUGAAGUUGUUACUCGAGGAAUGGGUAGUGUGAGUAUCCGGAAAAUGGAAAGUGAUCUCUGUCAGGUUCAAACAGAAAAAGGUCACUGUGUUCUUCAAUCCCUAAAGAGUCACAAAUUGCAAGUGCAGUCCAGCGGAGGAAACAUCACUGGCAAUGGCACUAUACACGGUGACAUAGAGAUCAGUACAGCUGGAGACAGUAGUGUUAAUAUUAAAAAGAUCCAGGGGAAUACCAUGAAUGUGUCCACACAUCAGGGUCCACUUAAUGUGAAAGCCAUCUAUGCUGAAUACAGUUCAGUGGCUUCUUCUUCAGGGAAAGUCCACAUUGGACAUUUACACGGUGAAGCCCACGUUCAGAAUGACACAGGAGAUAUACUCAUUGACAGUUCAAGCAGUGAUUUGACAGCGGUCACUAAUGUUGGCAAUAUCGAUGUAUAUGUCAGCCAAACAGGAACAGCUAUACUUCAUGCCCAGCAAGGUGCUGUGAAUAUCCGUGUGCCAGAGACUAUAAAAGCAGGGGUGCAGCUGGGUGGGACCACAGUACAUAUCAAUUCUGAAAUCUCUCAGGAGACAGAGCGCCACUCAGCAGAUGGAAACACUGUAAUUAUGGCCCAGCUGAAUAGUGGGUCUCGUGAGGACUGCUGGAUCAAGGCUACUGCAAACAGAGGACCUGUGAGCCUUAAGACCCAGAGCUGGUUUGAGACACUUAAACUGAGGAGCUGAGUAGAAAGUGUCCCUUAAAAUGCCACAGAUGGUAAAAUUGCAACCUGGUGAAAUCACACAAAAUCUUCAGUUAUUCUGUCUUAUAAUAUAUGACCUGUGCAGCUGAUUCGUCAACUGAAUCAGACUUUGGGGAAUCCACUUACACAGUGUAUAAUAAUGAUUAUUUAUUGUAAAACAGAGUAUAAUAAUAUAUAAAAAAAAAUUAAAAAAUAAAAAGGUACAAAUAAUGGAUAAUGUUUAUUAAUUUGUUAAAAAAUCAGACUGCUGGUAAACCUUUCGGUGAGAAAUGUUACCAUAUGAUAAAUAAUCAAUAUUUCUUAAUAAAAUAAACUGUUGAGAACAGAAUUGUCUCUAUUCCAAUACAUUAUCCUUUCACAUCUAGCAGCAGACUCUGCUGUCAGACCCUGUGAAGAUCAGUUAAUUUUAAAAGAGUAGAAAAGGUGUGGGAAAUAUGAGUCAGAUAUUUGUGAAAAUAAUAUUACUAUAUGUUUUUAUGUUGCACAACUAUCGUAACAACUGCAUGUAUCAUAAAAAGACAGAUUUACACCUGCUUUGAUGAUAUACACAACAGCAACAUUUGCAUAGUAACUGCACAGACUGCAGAGUAACAGAUUAAAUGCUGGCCUAUCAUUCUGUAAUUGUGUGUGAGUGGUCCAGAGGUUUGCAUCCUAUAAUUACAGUGACCCAGACAUCAAAUUAAUGUCUGACAAAAUUGAUGGAUGGAUAGGAAAAACAUGUGGCAUAACUGUUGUUUUUGUCUUAAAUACUGUGGUACAGCUGCCACAAACAGCAUGAAUAGAUUUGAAAUCUGAAUCUGAGGUUGUGGCGAUGAUGUCCAGGGAGUCAAGUGCCUGCCCAGUGAAGAUACGAAUUUCAUUUUCCAGCAGGACUCGGCACACUGCCCAUACUGCUAAAAUACCAGUUGGUCUUACAUAAUAAGCUGCUGAGACAAUGAUUUUUGAUCAACAGUGAAAAAAUAAAAUGCUUAAAAUAGAUCACUUUGUGUGUAACAUCUCUAUAUAAUAUGAGUUUAACAUUUUGAACUGAAUUACUGAAAUGAAGUAACUUUUCAAUGAUAUAAAACAAAUUGAGAUGCACUAGUAUAUCUGCAUCAAUAAAUUAAAGUAAAGCUGAAAAUUAAAUAGCUAAAAAUAAGAAGAAAUGCUUUGUGGACUAUCCCUGAUGUCUGCCAUCACAGUUGUUAGAAGGCUAUAAUCCUUAUUGCCCAUUUCUCCUGCUUUUAACGCAUACCCUUAAAAACCUGACUGAUCACCUCCUGCUGAAUAUUUCUUCUAUUUAUGCUGAAGAAAAUCAAUGUCCAUCACUAUUUUACCUGACAGAGGUGUUAAUGUAAUGGCUAAUUAUUGUACUGCGUGUGCAACGACCACAGAAUUCAGAGUUGCCAGGUUCGCAGUUUUCCCGCCAAAUUGGGCUUCUUUGAAAAUCCAUUUGAGGGUGAAAAUUCAAAGGAUGGCGGGGUGCGUUUUGGGCUAACGUUA